AUGUCACUUGAUGCUAACAACCAUGUAUUCGUUAUUGCAUAUGCUGUUACAAGAGCAGAAAAUACAGAGAACUGGAUGUGGUUCUUAACUCGACUUCAGGAUGAUUUGGGAGACCAUCAAGUGCGCGGAUGGAAUCUCAUGUCCGACCAACAGAAGGGACUUAUGCGUGCAGCAAAGGAAGUCAUGCCCUAUGCACACCAUAGAAAUUGUGUGUUGCACAUUUGGAAGAAUCUUCAACAAAAAUUCAAUAACAAACAGGUAAAGGGACUGUUAUGGCAUGCUGCCAAGUGCACUACUCAGGUGCAGUUCAAAGCAUCAAUGGAGAAGUUUAAAAGUGAGUGCCAUGGAGGAUGGGAGUAUAUGAAUCAAUUUGACCCAACAGCUUGGUGCAAGGCAUAUUUCAGUCAUGGUCCGAAGAAUGACAGCCUCACCAAUAACAUGUGUGAGGUUUGGAAUUCUAUGAUAGUUGAGGCUAGGGAGAAGCCGAUUCUAACAAUAUGUGAAGAGAUAAGGUGUACAAUAAUGAAAAAGAUGGCCAAGCACAAGAGGAUUCUAGGGAGGUGCACUGGGAAACUGGCACUAGUGCAGCAGUGGAGACUUGACAGGCACAUUAAACCACAGAGUCAUAAAUGGAAUGCACAAUGGAGCGGAGAUAAUAACAAGGUUCUAUUUGAAGUUACUAGGAGAAAACACAAAUUGGGUGUCAAUCUCCAACAACAUACAUGCACUUGCAAUGCAUGGCAGUUAAUAGGGAUGCCAUGUGUCCACACAGUUGCUGCUAUCUCUAAGUUGAGAAUUAAGGCUUCCGAAGACUUUGUGAGCCCUUAUCUCACUAUGGAUGCUGUGAGGAAAACAUAUGACUUGUGUGUAAAUCCGGUGAACAGCGAAAAAUUUUGGGAGAAGACAGACCAUCCAAAGCCACAACCCCCCAGGAUAGUAAGACCAGCUGGUCGUCCAAAGAAACGCAGGACUGAAUCCGGUGCACCCCCUCCCCCUCCAGUGAUUGGCGACAAAGUGAGAAGAACUUUUUAG